GCACUCACAAUUCUAUAGAUUAGUUUGCGUUGAGCAAUCUUCCAGUUCAGUACUCGGUCUCUGUCGUGUGCGGUGUUGUGUAUGGGAUAGAUAAUAAGCAUAAUAUACCACAUAGAUACAGAUACAAAUAGUCGCGGUUAAAGCUCAAUUUGUUGCCAUCCAAAAGAAACAAAAAGGAUUACGAUAUAUACAAAUAAAUAUUCAUACACAAUCAUUAGAAAAAGCAAAAAUAUAACAGAAUGCCACUGCAAGUGAUUGAAUCCCCAAAAUGCCCGCGUUGCAGCAAGAGUGUAUACGCCGCCGAGGAGCGUCUCGCCGGCGGUUAUUCAUUCCACAAGAAUUGCUUCAGGUGCUCCAUGUGCAACAAAUCCUUGGACUCCACCAACUGCACCGAGCACGAACGUGAGCUGUACUGCAAGGUCUGCCAUGGCCGCAAAUACGGACCCAAGGGCUACGGCUUUGGCACCGGCGCCGGCACACUCUCCAUGGACAACGGUGCACAGUUCCAGAACGGUGGCGAUGCGGUGAGGAAUGGAGCUCGCAUGGAGCCACGUGCCAUUGCCCGGGCACCCGAUGGCGAGGGUUGUCCUCGUUGCGGUGGCUUCGUCUAUGCAGCCGAACAGAUGUUGGCCCGUGGUCGCAGCUGGCACAAGGAGUGCUUCAAGUGCGGCACCUGCAAGAAGGGUCUCGACUCGAUCCUGUGCUGCGAGGCACCCGACAAGAACAUCUACUGCAAGGGCUGCUAUGCCAAGCAGUUCGGACCCAAGGGCUAUGGCUACGGUCAGGGCGGUGGCGCUCUGCAAUCCGAUUGCUAUGCCAACGAUGAGGGUGCCCCGCAAAUGCGCGCAGCCAUCGAGGUCGAUAGGAUUCGUGCUCGUCCAGGUGAGGGUUGCCCCCGUUGCGGUGGCGCCGUCUUCGCUGCCGAGCAGAAGCUGUCGAAGGGUCGCGAGUGGCACAAGAAGUGCUUCAAUUGCAAAGACUGCCACAAGACGCUCGACUCGAUCAAUGCCAGCGAUGGUCCCGAUGGCGAUGUCUACUGCCGCACUUGCUACGGCAAGAAGUGGGGACCUCAUGGCUAUGGCUUUGCCUGUGGCUCCGGUUUCCUGCAGACCGAUGGCCUGACCGAGGAUCAGAUCAGCGCCAGUCGUCCCUUCAUCAACCCGGACACCACCUCGAUCAAGGCUCCCGAGGGUGAGGGUUGCCCCCGUUGCGGUGGCGCUGUGUUUGCUGCCGAACAGCAGCUGUCCAAGGGCAAGAUGUGGCACAAGAAGUGCUACAACUGCACUGAUUGCCACCGCCCCCUGGACUCGGUGCUGGCCUGCGAUGGCCCCGAUGGCGACAUCUACUGCAAGGCCUGCUACGGCAAGCGCUAUGGACCCAAGGGCUUUGGCUACGGUCAUGCCCCCACAUUGGUCUCCACCAGCGGUGAAUCGACCAUUCAAUUCCCCGACGGUCGUCCACUGAACGGACAGCGCACCUCGGGCGGUUGCCCUCGCUGUGGUUUCGCCGUCUUUGCCGCCGAACAGAUGAUCAGCAAGAGCCGCAUCUGGCACAAGCGUUGCUUCUACUGCUCCGAUUGCCGCAAGUCUCUGGACUCGACGAAUCUCAACGAUGGACCCGAUGGCGAUAUCUAUUGCAGAUCCUGCUAUAGCCGCAAUUUCGGACCUAAGGGUGUGGGCUACGGAUUGGGCGCGGGCGCUUUGACAACGUUCUAAAAUGCGAAUGCAACGAAUGCAUCAGCAGCAACAAUGCGAAUUUAAUUUAAUUAAAUUUAUCAAUAAUAUCCGUAAUGAAGAGAGGGCAACAGUAGCAAUUGUUCCAAUACAUUUUGUUAAAAUCUAUCCCAGAAACUAAUCUAUCUUAUUCACAACACUAGCUAACUUAGUAGUCUUCGGUUUCGGUUUUUCCAACGAUUUUUUGAUGAACGAAAUGUCUUAGGUUAUGUGAGAUAAUAAGCUUUAUGAACAAAAAAACAA